GGAAUCUUGAAACCACAAUGUGUCCAAAAUGGGUGACAACAACCCCGAAAAAGCUAAAGGUGAGCCCCCGACAGCCCUCCAACAAUCAGAGUCCCAGAGCGGGCCGGAAGUGCUGGUGAUACCUUACCAACAACCGCCCCCCUACUCCAAUCAACCCCCUUACCAACCGUAUCAACCCCAAGCUUACUACUACCCCGACCCAAGCUAUGCCCAACGCCAAACCCCCGCCUACCAGCAAAGAAUGUACCAAGACCCCUAUUACGGUGGCUAUCCCCCUCCGAUGAAUGUGGCCCAAGCACCGCCCGUAAGACAGCGCCAGUCCGAUUUAGGUUUCAAUUUUUUCGGCGGAAGUGGGGAGAUUUUUACUGACGCCUUCGAUACCGUAAAGAUCCGAAAUCGGUUUGUACAGAGGGUGUACACAAUUUUGUCGGCGCAGUUGGCGUUCACUUUUGCCUUUGCAUUUCUAGCCACCUAUGAGAAGAAUACGAAGCUGUUUCUGAUACGCAACGGACUGCCUAUUAUGAUUGCGGGCAUGAUUGUCUUCAUGACUGUUUAUUGUUGCGUGGUGUGCACUCGAGUCCGACAUCAAUAUCCUUUAAAUUUUAUUUUAUUGGCAAUUCUAACAGUAGCCAUGACUCUGCUUGUAAUGUGUCUAACUGCAAGAGUACCACCCCUAAUUGUACUAUUUGCAGUAGGUACUACUGCAGCUCUAUGUUUAAUGGUGUCACUAUUUGCUAUACAAACUAAGUGGGAUGUUACAAGUUGUGGAAUGUGUCUGUGUGUAGCAACUGGCAUGUUGUGCCUCUAUGGAGUGGUUAUCAUGAUUUUGAGCCUUGUGGGAAUACAUAUGCCAAUUUUACACGUAGUUUAUUCAGCUAUUGCAACUGUAAUUUUUACUUUUUGGUUGAUGUAUGACACUCAAAUGAUUGUAGGAGGUCGAAGAUUGGAGCUGUCACCCGAAGAGUACAUCGUUGGUGCUCUGAGUCUUUAUGUCGAUAUCAUUUAUAUUUUUAUACACAUCUUGCACUUGUAUCAAUAUUGUAUGGGGGGGCGCUCAUAAUUAUAUUUCGGUUUGAUUUUUGUUGCA